ACAAAGCCCAGGGCCCACUACGGCCCUCGAGGACCGGUUUGCCCACCCCAGCCUUAGACUGACUCACCAAACCCCUGGGGUUCGGCUGAACCCAGGUUAAGAACCACUGAAAUUGGAGUACUUGUGAUUUCCUGAUCAGAUGCUCUGUAUCGGUGCCCAAUAAGGAUAUUUUUGAAGUAUUUCGUCACCAGAUUGGCUCCAAUCUGUCGUGUGGCUGUGAAACUUGAGCUGGGGGCAGCCAAAUUUAGCCCCCCCCCAAGCACACUCGCAGACAGCGCGAGCAGACUCAGCCUGGGACCGCAGAGGCGUAUUGGACCCCGAACCCUGAGGUAGUCUUGCUAGCUCCCUAACGGACCAAUAAGGAGCCAAACUGGAAGGACAAAACACAAGAAAAGGAAUUUUGGACCAGAAGCUCACUUGAAGGAUGCAGGACGGGAGUUGGAACCAGCCACUCCCCGCAAUCUCAGUGCUGCUCAAGGAUACGGCGGGAGGGGCCACCUCCCCCCUGGAGGGGGACGCCGCCGACAUGGACUUCGCCGAUCUCACCGCCUUCCUGAGCGCCGAUGAGAUCAACCGCAGCCUGGACUUAGCCUGGGAGGCCUUCGGGGACUCUGCGGAGGAUCGGCGUCCGGAUUCCGAACAGACGGCGGAUAGCGAAGCGAUCCGAGAAACCGAAGCUGUGGAUGAAGUCGACUCGGUCGACCGUUCCGACGCGCCUUCCCCGGAGAAGGCGGAGCGCCUCAAACCGGGUCCGCCGUUCUACAAGCAGGACAAACCUCGGCUUCUCCACGAAGGCUUGGAGCUGAACGACCGCGCGUCCUCGGCCACGGAGUUUUGCAGCCGCGCCGCUACCUUCAUCGAGGAGCUGUCUUCCAUCUUUAAAGGUUCCGCCCACCCGGAGCACCCGGUCGAGGAUGAUACUUCUUCUCCGGAUAGUGGAUAUUUGUCGCCUGGAAACCAGCGGCCGGCUGCGCCCGCCGUCACAGAAUUACCACGGCAAGCGGAUGCUUCGGAGGGGGCGCCGGCGACCGAGCCAGCCGUGUCGGGACCAGUUUUACCACCUUGCUUCACGCAGAAGCUGAAAAGUCAAGAGGUGGCGGAGGGCAGCCCCAUUCGUCUGGAAUGCCGAGUCAGCGGAAACCCGCCGCCACUUAUCAGGUGGUUCUGCGAAGGUCGCGAGCUUCACAACUCCCCUGACAUUCAAAUCUGUCGAGAUGGCGAACUUCACACGUUGGUGAUCGCCGAGGCUUUCGAGGACGACACGGGACGCUACACGUGCGUGGCCUCCAACAGCCUCGGGGCCGACAACACCUCGGCCGAGGUUUACAUCGAAGGAGCAUCAUCGUCAGACUCGGACGGGGAAGGCUCGCCUUCCAAGUUGCGAUCGGGAAGCAUGCCUCUACAGCAGAAGAAAAUGACUUCCAUGUCCCUGACGAUCCGCUCAGCGUCCCCUAAAACUCCGGAGGUGCUGCCUCAUCGCUCCACGCUGGUCCAGUCGCUAUCGCAACCUCCGCAGCGGACGCAGAGCCCGGUGUCGUCAGCGUUCAUCGGCGAGGGGUCGGGUCCGCCCGUUUUCACGAAAAUCUUGCAGGACGCUCAGGCAUCUGAGGGUCAGGUUGUGGUCCUGGAGUGCAGAGUACGCGGGGGGGCGCCUCUGCAGGUCCGAUGGUCCCGCCAGAACGAGGAGAUUUUGGACUCUCCUGAUUUUCGGAUUCUCCAGAAAAAGCCCCGAUCAGCAGCGGAGUCAGAGGAGAUCUGCACUCUGGUGAUUGCCGAGGCCUUUCCGGAAGACGGAGGCGUGUUCUGUUGCACCGCGUCCAACCCGUAUGGUUCGGUCAACAGCUCCGCCCAUCUGACUGUUACAGCGGGAGCCGAGGACUCCUCCUCCAAUAACGGCCCGUCUGGAGAUAGCUCGGCGCUGGAGGACCGAGCGUCCUUCCCCCCGCCGCCGCCACUGCCGCCCCCACCCACUGAGAUCAGCCUUCUGGAACUGCCUCCCAAGAUGCCGCCUCAGGAAGUGGAGCUGUGGCAUCCUGAGGCCGGAGAAAGCCACGACGAUACCAGCGGCAUGCCCAACGGCCGGGCCGUCUCUCCGCCGACGGAACCCGCGCCCCCUCCUGCGCCUCCUUCCCCGCCACCCCCACCUCCGCGGUCUGACCAGGUGCCGUCAGAGUCCCCUCCCACCCCUGGAAAGACGUCUCCAUCCCCCGGGAGGGAGGCCCCACCGCUUCCUACCAAGCCCAAACCAAAGCUUAACGCAGCCCAGCUGAAGCAGCUUCAGGAGCAGAUUCUACUGGAGCAGCAGGAAGCGGCCAUCUGGGAGCAGCAAAACCAGGAAGUCCCGCCCCCACCGCAAGAAGUCAACCCGUCCGCAUCUCCGUCUCCGCCCCUCCCUCCUCCGCCCUCGUUUCAAGAGUUGGAGAGUAGCGUCGCCAUGCAGGCCAGCACCUUUAACUACGCCCGGCCCAAGCAGUUCAUCGCCGCCCAGAGCCCCACCUCCGGCGGGGGUAUCAACUACACCCCCCACUCCUCGGGGUCCUCAGGCUCUAGCCUGUCGUCCCCCCUGUCCCCACCCACCUCGCACAAAUCCUUCGUCAAGACGGUGGCCGCGUCCCCUUUCUCCAAGGGCGCCGACUCGCCCGGCUCGCCCUCUUUCCCUCCACCACCGCCACCCUUCUUGGCCUCGGCCGACUUGCCUUCGCCAUCAGGGGGCGGCCAGGACUUCCCGCCGCCUCCUCCCCCGCCACCGCCCCCUCCACCGCCUCCCCUCCGCCCUACCUGCGCGUCCCCCGCCCUCUCGGACGCGUCCUCACCCUUCUCGUCCGUCCCGCCUUCCCCGGCUUCCAGCUUCCUGUCUUCGAUGUUGCCGGCCACGCCCACUGCGCCCACUGUCAACGCGCUGGGCCUCCCCAAAGGCAACGGCACUGUCAAAGCCUUCCCUAAGAAGUCUCCGGCCACUCGCACGCCCCGCCUGACCUCCGACUCGGAUAUCCAGGGCUCCAAAGACGCCGUCAUUCAAGACUUGGAGAGAAAGCUGCGCUUUAAAGAGGAACGUCUCAGCAACGGGCAGCAGAGGCUAACCUACGAGGAGAAGAUGGCCCGCAGGCUACUGGGCGCCGACAACGCCGCCACCGUUUUAAAGGCGCAAGACGCUCAAGAGGAGCCCGCCACGCAGGAGUACAAAGUGUCGAGCUUCGAGCAGCGCCUGAUCAGCGAGAUCGAGUACCGUCUGGAGCGCUCGCCCGUGGAGGAGUCGGACGACGACGUCCAGCACGAAGAUGAUGGCCCGACCGGUCGUGGGGCACCCCCCGUCUUCCACAGCAAGCUCAAACAUUAUAAAGUCUUUGAGGGCAUGCCCGUCACCUUCAGCUGCAAAGUGCACGGAGACCCCAAACCCAAGGUGUACUGGUUCAAAGACGGCAAGCAGAUCUCCAAGCGUAGCGAGCACUACCGCAUCGGCCGUGCCGCUGAUGGCACGUGCACGCUGCGCACGGCCGUCGCCUCCCUGGACGACGACGGCAACUACACCGUCAUGGCAGGGAACCCCGAGGGCCGAGUGAGCUGCACUGGACGGAUGAUGGUUCAGGCCGUCAACCAGCGAGGUCGUAGCCAACGCUCGACGUCGGGACACGCGCGCAGGCCGAGGUCACGAUCCCGAGACAGCGGCGACGAGAACGACAACAUCCAGGAGCGCCACUUCCGCCCGCACUUCCUGCAGGCGCCCGGCGACCUCAUCGUGCAGGAGGGACGACUGUGUCGAAUGGACUGCAAGGUGAGCGGUCUGCCGACGCCCGACUUGGUGUGGCAGCUGAACGGGCAGACGGUGCGGCCCGACUCGGCCCACAAGAUGUUGGUGCGCGAGAACGGCGUGCACUCGCUCAUCAUCGAACCGGUCAGCGCGCGCGACGCCGGCGUCUACACGUGCAUCGCCAGCAACCGCGCCGGACAGAACUCCUUUAACCUGGAGCUCAUCGUCGCAGCCAAAGAGCUACACAAGGCGCCGUCGUUCACGGAGAAGCUCCAGAACACGAGCGUGUCGGAGGGCCACCCCGUGCGUCUGGAGUGCCGCGUCAGCGGCGUCCCAUACCCGCAAAUCUUCUGGAAGCGUGAGAACGAGUCGCUUACUCACAACACUGACAGAAUCAGGUGGGUCGCACGCCGAUCGUCGUUCUGGCGCCGCUUACUGACUGGCGUUUCAUCCUAUUCCAGCAUGCACCAGGACAACCGCGGCUACCUGUGCAUGAUCAUCCAGCCGGCCUGCAAGGACGACGCCGGCUGGUACACCGUGUCUGCCAAAAACGACGCCGGCAUCGUGUCCACCACCGCGCGCCUCGACGUUCACGCGGCGUGGCAGCAGCCCAGCGCGUGGAAGCCCAAGACGCUGCGUCCUUCGAGCAGCCGCUACGCCGCCCUGACCGAGCGCGGCCUGGAUGUCAAGGCGGCUUUCUUCCCCGACUCCAGCCCCCUCCCUCCCGGAUCGCUGGUGGAAAGCGACGACCUGUAGGGGGUGUUAUUUCCCUCCUCCUUAAAGUGACUGGAAAGUGAAAGAUGUGAAGAAAUAGCGGAACGAGCGAGUCGUGUUUCGGUUCUGGUUGUGCAAAGACGGAUCGCUUUUGUCGUCUCUCUUAAGACGCCAACGCUUCUCGCUGUCACAAAUUAUCCAGUUUAUUUUUCUAUUGAAAAAAAAAAAAAGACUAUUUCCAUAACCGACAUUUUAAGUUAUAUCAUCAGUCUAUAUCACAACCACACGUUUUUUUUUUCUCUUUUUGCAUGUGAUCGGUAGACACUCGCGUGUGCCAAAGCAGCAUCAUCGUCAACUUCAUAUUAUUGUAGUAAUUCAUCAUCAAGCGUGUGCACGUGUCAUUUUACUUCAUCAACAUCGCAAAUAAAGACUCGUAUGAUGAGACGAAUGCUUUCUCUGUACAAAAACCAACACGUUGGAAGUUGUUGGAGCCAAUCCAUUUGAAGUGGGAGGGUUGGCGGCGAAUGAACAUUUUGUUUUGUUAACCCGGCACUUCGCAAAUAGUGGGGCGCAGAGCGAUGCCAGGGGUGGCGCGUGUGACCUCGGGGGAACAUGCUUUUUUUUUGCCGUACUAGAAUAAAGUGUAAUUGCACAUCCACUCUGUGGGUGGCAGUGCCGCUCUCAUUUUCAGCGUGUGCGCAGUAUUUUUGAACCAAACUAGCAUACAGCAAAGAGCACUGGAGAUAUGGAAAGCAUAGACAGGGAAAUAUGACUAAGUGUACAGUGCCUUGCAAAAGUAUUCGGCCCCCUUGAACCUUGCAACCUUUCGCCACAUUUCAGGCUUCAAACAUAAAGAUAUAAAAUUUUAAUUUUUUGUCAAGAAUCAGCAACAAGUGGGACACAAUCGUGAAGUGGAACAAAAUUUAUUGGAU